AUGCAAAUCAAGGGAAAUACAUUCAUCGUUACUGGAGGUGCAAGCGGUCUUGGUGAAGCUACUGUGCGUGAACUUGUUGCUCGUGGUGCCAAUGUUGCUAUCUUUGAUUUGAAUCAAGAGGGAGCUGAAGAAGUCGCUAAAUCCCUAGGACCCUCUGCUUUUGCUGCUGGCAAGGUAGAUGUUACAUCUGAAGAAGCUGUUCGUGUUGCUUUGGAAAAGACAGUUGCCAAGUUUGGCCGCAUUGCUGGCGUGGUUUCCGCAGGUGGCGUUGCCACUGCAGCUAAAACUGCUCGCAGAGGAAAAUCUGCUCAUACCAUGACCUUGGAUCUCUUUGAAUUUACUGUCAAAGUCAAUUUGAUCGGUACAUUCAACGUGUGUAAGCAAGUAGCUCAAGUCAUGGCUAACCAGGAUGCCUAUAACGAGGAUGGUGAGCGUGGUGUGAUUAUCAAUACCGCCUCGGUUGCUUACCAAGAUGGUCAACCUGGUCAAGUGGCUUACAGCGCUUCAAAGGCUGGCGUGGUGGGUAUGGCUCUUCCCAUGGCAAGAGAUCUUGCUCCUGCUGGUAUCCGUGUCAUGACCAUUGCUCCUGGUAUCUUUGAAACCAACAUGACCGCUGUCAUGCCUGAUGUCGCCAAGCAAAAGAUCAUCAAGGACUCUGUCUUCCCUGCUCGUAUGGGUUUCCCUCAUGAAUAUGCUAUGCUCGUUUGUCAUAUCAUUGAAAAUGGUAUGCUCAACGCUGAAGUCAUUCGUAUUGACAAUGGUUCAAGAUUAGGCAAGCUCUAA